UAGAAACGUUAAACAAAGCCACAUGUUGCCAUUACAUAAUACAACAAAACAACUAUUAACAUUGGGAUACAAUCCUGUUGUCAGCAGUUCCAAAUUCCGUUCGGCUCAUCGUUCCGUUGACCCCCAGGCCGUGUCCGUUGCAGUGACGCGGGAACGCCCCUGAACAUCCGAGCGUGGAUUUGCCGCUUGCAAUUUUGCCUCCUAACGCGUGCGCCUGUGUUUGCGUAUCUGCGAGUGUGACCACUCAUCGGUGUCAUGGAUCCAAUCGAGAGACGGAUCGUCAACGCGUACCCAAACCCGCUGCCGUACAGCCAGGCGGUGCAGGCCGGCCGCACGCUCUACGUGUCCGGCCAGGUCGGGUUGGAGCCCGGGUCGGGGUUGUUGGUCCACGGCGGGACGGGCGCACAAGCACGACAGGCAUUGAAGAACAUUGGAAUGAUCCUUAAAGGCGCAAAUUGCGACUACAAAAACGUGGUCAAGACCACCGUGCUGCUUGCCGACAUGAAGGACUUCUCCGCCGUAAAUGAAGCCUACGCCGAGUUUUUCUCAUCCAGAUUCCCAGCUCGGGCGGCCUAUCAGGUGAUGGCGCUGCCCCGGGGGGCGAGUGUGGAAAUUGAGGCAGUGGCCGUGUUGGGACCCAUCUCAGAAGCCUAAACAACAUCAACAACAGCAACAACAACACGUAUAUUUUAAUGAAAUCUCCAAGCCUGUACAGUCUGAUUGUAUCAAUCAACCCGUGCCAUCUGCGAGAGCCAAUUGUGAGUCAUUAUUGCGCUUGCAUGGACUUCAGCAUAAUUACCCCGGGAUCACGAUGUGCUCUCAUCAGUUGUGAUUGAACUGCCGACGAUGCCGUCCUGAGAGUGGCUGAUGUAACAUUUCUGUGGCCUGGCGAAUAAAAGCAACGAGUGGACAGGGACGAGG